GACGAAGAAUGACCUUGCGUCACGUGUCAUGCAGCCGAGUACGCAGUGGCCUCGCAUAAUCCUGGGUGGCACGACACCUCUAAUCUCAUGUUCGUGAGGCGCAGCCGGACCGCAGUCAGGGCUUCUGGGUCUUGUUGUUUGGGAGACUUGCCGCACAAAGUACUCAAGGCUCAGAGCAUAUUGUCGCCCGACUAGCAAGUAUCAAAGUGGCGAAGAUACUCCUCCCACCGAGCACUUCACCCGUCCCUCGGCAUGAGUGCACAUCAAGACCACAAAAAUAUCUAUGAUUCCCUUCAACUCGCUGGCGAUCGUCCACAGAUCCAACUCAUGCGUCUGCUCAAUGACAAUGCGAUUCCCGAGCAGGAAAAGUCGCUCGAGGACGCGCUGUCUCUGGAAUUCGAGCUAGCAGUUUACGAUUUCGACGCCGCGCCGGCCUACGAUGCCAUUUCGUAUGCGUGGGGCGAAGCAAAACCAACGCGGAAAAUCUUGGUCCAAGGUGUAGAACUGAAAGUGGGAGGAAACUGCCAUUAUGCCCUUCGUCAGGCUCGUUUACAGAAUGCCAAAUACAUCUGGGUCGAUGUGCUAUGUAUCAACCAACAAGAUUUGGACGAAAAAGGAAAGCAGGUGGCAAUGAUGUACUCUGUAUACAACGAGGCCCGUCGUGUGCUUGCGUGCAUUGGACCAGCAGACGAGGCCAGCGAUCGCAUUCUUGCGAACAUACCAAGCUUCGCCUUUGUUGACACCGGACCCUCCCAAGAUGCCAUGGAGGCCCUCUCACCAGGAAAAGUAUGGAAAAAUUGGUGCGGUUCUGGAAGGAUAGCCAUAGUCGCUGUGAUGCGGUGGGUAUCUGACCACCAGCCUUGCAGAUGUUCAUACGAAACAAGCCCGAUCUAUAAGCAUUCGAAGUUCCGUACUCAAUUUUGCAAAGACCUCAACGCUUUGCUGCAAAGACCAUACUUUCAGCGGCUUUGGGUCGCCCAAGAAAUCCAUGGCGGAGGCGUCGAUUGUCUUUUCCUAGUCGGUGGGACCUCGUUCUCGAUUCUCGACCUCAAAUGCAUCUACAUCGCUGCGUUGGUAAUAAUUCGAGGUCUCAGUGGAUUGUGGGGGAGGCCGGUCUCCGCCAUGCUGGACAUGCUUCUGGUGCAAGCUGAACCUCAGGAGAAUGCAGAUGGUACCAAGCCGUACUUACAAUCUGUCCAGCACUUGCUCUGUUCCGAUGCCCGAGACAGGAUAUAUGGCACCUUGGGUAUUGAUUCGUACAACCUAAAGGCAGUGAAAGUGCCGUCCUACAAGCAAAGUGCUUUCGACCUCGUACUUGAACUUUCACGAGUUAAGCGGUUCAAUUUCCAGGGGCUGCAGAACACCGUAGAGGCACUCGCGAUCACAUUUCAUCACCCCCGGAUGGCGUCGUAUCUGGCAGGGCACGACCUCGCAUGUCCCGCAGGCUUAAAAGAGGUAGCGAAUUGGCGUGUUCGUUUCGCAAUUUGGAGGGUCGUUGAUGGGCGGGAACCGUUGAAGCUGCAGGAUGUUUUGAAAACGCAGAAGUCUAAUGGUCCAAACUUGUCAUGCGAAAAGGAUGAACCAUUUGAAACUGCUGAUACAAAUGAUCGUCUACGCUUCGAGUCACAAUGCGACUGGCUACUCCAGGAAAAGCAGGUAAUAAAAGGCGUUGCAGGUUCACGAUACCUACGAGAUGAGUGGGUGGUACCCGCCGCCACUACGAUUGGGGAUAUCAUCUUCUCUGCGCAGGGAAGAAGUACAGAUGGACCGAGGCCCACCGACAGGUCCGCAAAGUCUGUGGAAGACCUCGCUCUUGUCGUACGAAUUGAUGAUGAGACAUGCACGAUCGUAGGCUUUGCAACCUGCAUUCCUGGAUCGGGAAGCGCUUUCAUGAGUGAAACGACGCUUGAGCAAUGGCGCGAUCUCUCAUGGUUAUCGCACGUUGAUGUCUGGUUCAGUGCCACUACCGAGGCGAUGAUGCCGCUUGCUAUCCCACAGCGCGAUAGUCUGCUGCACGCGCGUCACGCGUUCAAGGUUCAAGGUGCCCAUGUGCUCCCACGUGAGAGCCAUUGCCGAUCGUCCGAAACGUUACGUUUGGUCUUGGACGGAGAACGAUGGAUAUGGGGUCAUGAGUGGUGGCGGGUUCAUGAACAAUUAUGCUGAGCUUUGUGAAGUGGAAACUUAAAUGCAGCAGAAGGUUAGGUUAUGGGUAGCGGCUUGUUCGUAGGCAUAGGUGAUUGAACGCAUCUUAGUUCCA